GGAAGCAAAGUUGAAGUAAAUUUGGAAAAAGGGAAUCCUUCUUCCCGCUCUCAGACGGCGCUGCCUCUUCCCUAUCGGUAAUCGCCGGAGGAUUAAAACGCUCUUUAUUUAUACUUUGCAAUGCCCUUUCCCCAAUCACAAAAGUCGAUACCAAAAGCGCUUUGAUCAAAGUAAGCCUCGAAGAGCUUUCUUCUUCUUCUUCUUCUUCUUCUUCUUCUUCUUCUUCUAGUAAAAGCUGAAGAACCAAUUCUUCAUAGGUUGCUUUCUGGUGAUACUUACUUCGUGGGGGAUUCAAAGAAGCCCCGGCCACCAAAUUUCUCUUCUGGGUUUCCUUUUCUGAGCUCAAUUUUGUGGGUAUUGUUUUUGGGGUUUUCGGAUUAUGUAUUAUCGGGUAGCGAGGUCUUCUUGUAAGGAUUCUCUGAAGGUCUUGGAAGAAGAUGUAGAACGCGCCAAUGCUCUGGCUGCUGCAAUUCCAAGAGCCAAACAUGGUUCCUAUCUCCAAAUGAAGCUGGUUUACAAUCAAUUGGCUCCUCUCCUUCUGUUUUUGAUGCAAUGGGUGGAUUGUUCAUGCACUUGUAUACUUCCCAGAUACUUAAAUUUCUUCCACAUACUUGUUUACAAGGUUUACACAGAUGGAAGGCCUAACAUAUCAGCUCAUGGAAGAAAGGCAACUGUGAAGGAAUUUUACGCUAUCAUAUUGCCAUCCCUUCAACGCCUCCAAGCGAGCGCGGAGGAGUUGGAUAAUGCUAAAGCGAAGCACGUCAAGUCGGAUAACUCGAGUGAGAGAAGAGUUGAAGGAGAUGGAAAACAGUCCAAUGGUGAUUUAGAGAGAGAAGAUGAGUGUGGGAUUUGCCUAGAACAACCUUCCACAAAGAUGGUGCUGCCAAACUGCUGCCAUUCAAUGUGCAUCAAAUGUUACCACAAUUGGAACACGAGAUCGGAGUCGUGCCCGUUUUGCCGGGGAAGCUUGAAGAGGAUCAAAUCAGAGGACUUGUGGGUGCUAACUGGAAAUGAAGAUGUAGUCGAUGCUGAAAAGGUUUCAAAGGAAGAUGUAUCACGCUUUUAUCUCUACAUAACCACCCUCCCCAAGGAAUAUCCAGAUGCCCUUUUCUUGGUUUAUUAUGAAUUCUUGAUCUGAACAAAACUACACCAAUUUCUUAACCCAUUGACUUCAAAGCCGACCGUCAAAUGUAAACACACAAAUCAAAUGUUUCAAUCUUUUUU